UUAUUAUGUAUUUUGCCUCUCUUCUUGUUAACCCAGGCUAAUGUUCAUCACCAUACUGCUUGUAAUACUGUUAGUUCACUGGAAGGAAUUGUCGAUUCUCUAUCGUCUACUGUGGAAGAAUUAACAGAUCUGGCUAGACAGAGAAUUACUACAUUAGAAGGCCCUGUUUGUUCUAAACACGACGUGUUUCACACCAUAACGCCAAUCUCUACCAACGCAAAACAAAUUAGAGAAAGAACAUCUUUACCGGUAGACUGUUCCGCCAUCUAUCAUCACUUAAAUCAAAUAAAUGGCGUCUUUAAGAUAUGGCUACAUUUUCUGAACCACCCAAUCUCUGUAUACUGUGAUAUGGAGACUGUAGGGGGAGGAUGGACGUUAAUUCAAAGAAGGGGUGAUUUUGGAGACCCGGUUGAGGGCUUUUUCCAAACGUGGACUAGGUACAAAACUGGAUUUGGAAAUUUAACCCGAGAAUUUUGGUUAGGAAAUGACGUCAUAUUCGCUUUAACCAAUCAAAACAAUAUGGUACUUCGAAUCGAUUUAGAAGAUAUGGAAGGUGGUCAAAGAUAUGCAGAAUAUAAUAAGUUCUUGGUGCGAAGUGAAAGGGAACUGUAUAAAAUGAGUUAUAAAACGUACAAGGGUGACGCAGGGGACUCACUUUCAACCCACAAUAACAUGAUGUUUUCCACGAGGGACAGAGAUAAUGAUAAAUGGGUGAAGAACUGUGCCACGACUUACAAAGGUAGCUGGUGGUAUAAUGAUUGUCAUCACUCUAAUUUAAACGGUUUGUAUCUAGGGGGACCACAUAAAGAAUCCGCUGUUGGUAUUAAUUGGUAUCAUUUUUAUGUCCUUUCCUAUUGUCUGAAGAAAACUGAGAUGAAAAUACGACCUGUUGGAUUUGUUUCAACGAAAGAACCACAAAAAUAAACAUAUUAUUGAGUAGUGUAAUUUUGUUCAUUAUAUCUUUAUAGUUAUGAAUAUCAGACAGUAGCAGAAAUCUCCAAAGAAAGGUUUAUCGUAAAUCUAAUAACAAUUAUAAUGUUUUGAAAAUGUUUGAUUUAUAAGACUCUGUUUAUUUUCUGUUGAUCACGUGUGUUUGAUGUAGAACUUUUAAUUUUUAUAUGAAAAUAAGACCUGAUGGAUUUCUUUCAAGGAAAGAACCACAAAAAUAAACCAUAGAAGAAAUA